UAUUAAAUAAUAUUGAUCAUUCCUUACCAACCAUAAUAUUGGGGGAUUUUAACAAAGAUUUGAAUGGCUAUGCUUAUGAUUCACAAAUAUCAUACCAAAAUUGGCAGAUUUUAUAUUAGCCUUUUUGGAUUUGCCAAUCUGUCAGUAUAUGUAGCUAUACAUGUAAAUUUACAUGUAAGGCAGAUUUGCAAAGAAAUAAAUAAAUGCCCAAGUGUGUAAUCUAUUUACUGAUAGUAGCCGUGUUGUAACAUGCAGUAAUAACAGUUACCAUUACUGUAUGUACAUGUACAUGUAUGUUAAAAGUGACAUAAAUUCAAAGUAUUUGUUUCUUUUCAGAUCAGAGAGCCAUGAAGACCUUAAAACAAGUCCUUACAGAUGCUAAAGUAGAAUAUACAAAGGAUAUUCAAAUUAUUGUUCUUGGGAAAACUGGUGCUGGUAAAUCAGCACUUAUCAACAGCAUCAUUGACUUGGAGAGAAUAGUUGCUAAAGAAGGUGCUGAUACGGAGCCAUGCACAGGCACUGUCCGACUCUACCAAUGUUCUAAUGUCAUUCCUGGGGUUAAUGUUACAAUUAUUGAUACACCUGGUCUACAGGAUAUUCAUCAAAAGGAGCAGUGGUACAUACAACAAAUGAAGAGCAAAUGUCAAGAGGUCACCCUAAUACUCUAUUGUAUGAAAAUGACUGAUCGCCGACUUACGAAUGAUUAUAUAGUUGCCAUGAAGAAGCUUCAUCAAGCCUUUGGCCCGAAGUUUUGGGAAAGAGUUGUGUUUGUCCUCACUUUUGCGAACAAGGAAGAUUGUGAUGAGCGAAUAGAUAUAGAUGAGCCAGAAUCAGACUCUGAACCACCUGAUGAUGAUGACGAAGCUUGGGCUGAAAUAACGAGGAAACGAUUUACUCAUAGAAUUGAACAUCGAUCUAAAGCAAUAAAUGUGUUUUUAAAGGAUACUUUUCAUAUCAAUGAUGUCCCUUUUUCAGUUGCUGGAACGUACAAAUCACAUCGCAAAAACCGUAAACCUAUGGUCCUACCAGAUAGGGAGAAUUGGGUGGUUCAUUUUCUCUCACUUUGUUCUCAUGAGAUUAAAGAAAAGCACAAGUUUACUAAAUUUAGUUUAAAUCACAAGAUCCACUUUGCUAUCAUUAUUGAUAAUUAUGGGGAGGUCAGAGAGGACACUGAAAAAAAUGAUCAGGUCAUUAUUUUAAAAGAGGCUUUGGAAGGUCUUGGUUUUUGCACCCUCUGCUUUAAUAAUCUCAAUCUUGAGUCAAUUCUUUUCCUUUUUGAAGCAUUUCAACACGUUGAUCAUUCUCAGUUGGCAUCAUUUGCAUUAUUAUUUCUCAGUAAAGGAAAUACAAAUCAUCUUUAUGAUGCUAAUAGCACAGUCAUUACGUUUGAACAAAUUUUUGCAUUUUUUAAAGACACUGAUGCCUCUAAAAUCCCCAAGCUUUUUCUUUUUCAUUUGGCCUAUGAUGGUAAACCACCAAGUGAUCGACUGGUGGUUCCUGAUCCUCCUAAUAAUUCUAUUGCUUUGGUCGUGUCUGUAAAGCAUUUGAAAUCUAUGAAUGUUUCACCAGCUCUUACUUCUAUUGUUGUCAAUCUGCUACCUGAAGAAUGUCAUAGCAAGCCUCUGGAGCAAUGCUUUCAAGAAAUGAAGCAGCAGAUUAAGCAACUGGAUAAAGCAACUUGUAUCUAUAAUAACAGUCUUCAAGAAUGCUUUGUUUUGCCAACUUCUUGUGCAGUUAAUGUUCAUGAGUUACUGGAAAGGAAGUAUCAUUUGUGUUAUGCAAUGUGGUAUUUUAUUCGUCACAAGACAAUAGAAGUGUUGUUGGAGAAUAAAGAUGAGGUGAUGAAAAUAGUUCGAUAUGAAAGGAUAAGCAAGAUAAUGUCAUCAGCAGCUGGUAUAGUGGGAGGAGGUAUGAUUGGAGUCGGUGUGCUGUUUGCUAUUCCUACUUGGGGUGCUUCAUUGAAUGUUGCUGUUGCUGGCGGUGCAAUUAGUCUUAUGGGUGCUGGUGGCAAUCUGGUUUCUUCUAUUGCAUCAAAAGUGGCAUCCAAUAAACGUUUGAAGAACGCUCAGUUUUUUGUUACUUUUGAUCGGCAGUUUAGUAUUCAACUAAAUACUGUAGUUGCAAAGUAUGCAGAAUCACUUGAAUCGUUCAAAAAAGAAACUUUUAUUAGUGGAGUGAAUGCAUUUACUGGUGUAAUUGGUGCUGCUCGAGUUGUCGUUGAAGAAGGAAGUGAAUUAGCAUUAAAAACUGCUAGUAAAGUACUAGUAGUAGUUACUAUUCCUCUUGAUGUUGCUGUUUUGAUUUACAAUUCUUAUCUGAUACACAAUGCAGCUCAGGAUGAGACUGGCCAGACUGAUAGCAACAGCACCAUUCAAAAAUUAAUAGAACAAUUUGGAGACUCUUUAAAAGGUUUCUUUCAUGUUAUUGAGACUUCAAAACACAGAGAGAGUGGUGAAGUAAUUAAUAGAGAGUAUGGCUAUAAAGUGAUUCUUCAAAAGUCUAUUCCACAAGAGAAACCUCCAGUAACAGUGUCCACUAUACUCUCUGGUCCAUUUAAUUUACCUGAAGAAGCAGUAUUAGUCAGUGCAGUUUAUGAUGUCCUGAUUGACAAAAGCUUUAAAGGGUAACUUCAGUGGCAUU